AUGUCGACAAAGAGGUGCACGUAUCGCUGGGAAGAGGACGAAGUCUCGGGACCGCUGCUGCGUAAAUUACUGAUUGCAGAUGAUUAUUCUACAUGGGAAACGCGUGCAUUUCUUCGGCCAAUUUUUAAGUGGAUGAAGGUUGGUCUGCACAAGGACGGGAGUCGCGAGGACGAAGCCAUAGAGCGAGCAUUCGAUUAUGUGGAGUGGCUGGUGCAGCUCGCCACACAAGGCGAUGAGACUAGGAACAUUCCCAAGUUGCCAACACUUCAGCCAAGUUACGCUCUCAAUACAAUUGUCACGGCCAGUCAGCGUGCUGGCAGUGUGAGAGAGGCUCAGCGAGCAUUCGAUUUGCUGGAAAUGCACGGCUACCCGCCCGAUGUAUUCACGUAUACAGCUUUGAUUGACGUCAUGGCAAGGAACGGAGACAUGCUGGGUGCUAUUAAAAAAUACGAAGAAAUGCGGCUAUCGACGUCUAAACCGAACAUUGUAACGUACACGACAUUGAUUCGUGCGGUGGGAAUGAAUGAUAGUGUCGAGACGGAGCAGUGUCUGGUGUUUCUAGCUCAUGCACAAGAAGAUGGCGCUUUUGAUGAGGCACUACUCCUGGAGGCUUUGGAAACUUGUGCGAGGAGGAAAGAUCGAGCGGUAGCAACUCGAGUACUGAAUGAGAUUGCAGCACACUCACCGAAGCUCCGUGUGAAUGACCGCUUCUUCUACACACUGGGCCAGGUGGCUGGGUUGUUGGAUAAUGAUGGCUUGGAACCUGUACUUACUGAGUGGGUAGAGAAAGACAUGCUGAGCUCAGAAGAGCGCAGUAAAAUUGUAAAGCUGCAACAGCAGGAAGGGACAUCGACUGCCGCUGGCGGAUUGAAAGUGCUUGGCUGUCUGGGACAUCAAACAUCCCAAUCAGUUAGAAAAGCGGUGGUCCACCAUGAUAUCAAUCGACUGAUUUCGCGCAUUCAAAGUGGAUCCAUUGUGACUGUAAACGACUUUGAGACGCUUAUUCAUCAAUGCAGAAAGCGGAAGUGGAAGGAAGAUGUAUCGGUCAUUGUCGAUGCUAUGCGUGAUCUCUCCACGAAGGGUUGGCAGACUAUCAGCGACGAUGAGGGCAAUGACGAUGGUAAACUCAUUCCCCCUCAACCUCAACUUGAGCCUACUUCCAAGACGUACGUUGCCAUUGUCGAUGCGUACAUGUGCUGUGGUGAUGAGCCUCUUGGUUGGCAAGUUGUCCAGGAAAUUGAGGACCUACCGACCAUUACGCGAGAACUCCCGAUGUACCGCAAAUUUGUCCGCGGCGCAUACUUGCUGACAAACUGUAACCAUAUCGCCGAGCUGAUUGCGUUAGCGCGUGAAGACAAGAUUGUGUUCACUCAACGGAUGGGCGUCGAAGUAGCGCGUAUGUAUGGAUACCGCCAUGAAGAAGGCUUUAACAUUCUGGCGUACGAACUACCUGUUGGGGAGUGUGGGGCGAAGACGAAAAGGCAAGGAUUUCUUGAGGAAUUGAUGAAGUCUUGCGCCUAUAAGAACAACUCCGUUGGGACAGAAGAAACGCUGCAGGCUAUGCUAAAGCAUGGAUUUCAGCGUUCUGCUGCCACCGAAAUUGCGCUUUUCAUCUGCUGUAUCCAACGUGACACGGUAUCAGAGGCUCAAGUGAUGUUGCAGCAUUUCCAAGAAACUUCAUUAAUGAUGCCAGUACCAGUGUACGACUCACUGCUUCGCGAGUUCUACUUCAAAUACACCCGUCGCGGGGAUGUAUUUGAUGAAUCGUCACGCAAAGUUGCGAUGAAAACUCUGUAUGCACGCCGCGCAAUUUUUGAGCUUGUUUUUAAAGACCGCGAGACUUUCGAAGCUGAACAAAACGCCACGCUGAUCAAUGGACCUGACCAAGACUCGGCGUGCUUCAGAUAUUGGUGUUCAAAAGCGGGUUUGCCGUGUUCUCCGUUGAUGUUUUCUCAGCAUGCGGUACAGGUCCUCACUACUAGUCGAGACAAAGACUCGAAAAACGCAGCUGAGCAAUCCGUUCGAGACGCGCUCAUGAUCACUCCAGACCCUUGUCUUUUUCUAUUGCAGUCAGUUGUUGCACUACGCUUUCUGGAUUUGACUUUUCGAACGCUAGGGAAGCUUGCAAAGCAGUUGCUUGCUGUGGUAACAGACGAGCUACAGAUGGAGAAACGGCACGCAGAGUAUUGUGUCAGCCAAUUGCCGGUGCUGUCUGUCCAUAUUGUGAAGGAAUUGGAUGACGUCGUAUUUCUGCACCUGACGCAUCGAGCUGACUUACUAGCAUUCUGCCAGGAUGCUCUCGAAACUAAUAACAUCGAUAAGACAAUGGGCUUCUUGAUGCGUCGGCCGGAAUUGUAUGACGCGGAGACGGCGUUAUACCUUGGACCUAAAUUUGCCGAGAUAUUUGUAUAUGGCAGAGUGAGCAAUGUGCUGAUGUUUUUCAAGUCAGACACGGAGGAUACGUUGAAAAUGCGUCGGCAGUUUGUACGAGACGUGAUUGAGUUGGAAAGCGCGACUAUGGAGGAGAAUGGGGAGGACGGUGGAUCAUCUUCCUUCAGUUGUACGCACAAGGCUAUCAGGGAGUUUAAGCUCGAGCAUGACGCCGAAUUCAGGCCAUACCUGAUGCAGGCACGCGCAGCAAUGCCAAAACCCGUGUACGCAGAUGCGUCUGCAACUCCUGUCGAUGACACGUCGUAUUUAAAGAUCCCACUUGCUCAAGAGCACAUUGUGGUGGUUGACAGCGAUGAGACAUUGUUAUUCGCCACAGAUCUGCUUAUGCGAGACAGCGUGACUCGUUUGGGACUUGACGUCGAGUGGCGUCCCGAUAGCCGAGCUACUGUGCCAUCAAAAUGCUCAAUCUUGCAAGUCGCUUGCGACGACUACGUGUUUAUUUUUGAUUUUGUGGCAAUGGCCCUCGGUGACUUGGAGGAGCUCUUUGAGCACUUGUUUGCCUCGGCAACAAUUGCUAAACUUGGCUUUGCCAUUGACGGUGACAUCAAACGUUUACGUUGGUCAUUCCCAGAAGUGACGUGCUUUGACACGUUUGUUAACGUGGUGGACUUUUCGUACGAAACACUUGAGACGACGACACAUUUGGUCGAUGGCUCGAUCGUUUUGUUUCACGAAACCGAUGAUGAUUGCGUGUCUAAAAAGCUUUUACGCCGCCAUCGUCGACGAAAGGGGCUUAGUACCUACAUCAAACAGGCACUGGGAUAUCCGCUAUCAAAGUUGCAGCAACAAAGUGACUGGGAACGCCGUCCAUUGACAUUGCAACAGGUGACAUAUGCUGCUUUGGACGCCUUUUGUCUACUACUGCUACAAGAUGCUGUCAGUAAUAAGUGA